CGCAAAACAUCGCGCGUGCGCACCAGGGAGCGGCAGGCCAGUGGAUCAGGUGGCUACACACUCCGAGCUAACUGUCAACAAGAAACAACUGCUUGUACACCUUAUACCUCAACAUGUCGUCCGACUUUGAGGCAUAUGAGCAGGACUUCGGAACCCUCACUGCCGAGAUAACCAACAAAGUGGGGCGAAUUCCCAAACUAAGUGGAGAGGAGAAGACGCAGCUGGUUCUAAAUGUCGACAAGCAGCUCGAAGAAGUCAGAGAGCUGAUGGAACAGAUGGACUUGGAGGUGCGGGAGAUCCCGGUCCAGAGUAGACCCAUGUUCAACAGCCGGCUGAAGAGCUACAAGCAGGAGCUGGAGAAGCUGGAGAAGGACUUUAAAAGGUCACGCAUCGCCUACAGUGAUGAGGUUCGCAACGAGCUGCUGGGGGACGACGCUGGCUCCUCCGAGAACCAGCUGAUAAAGUUACGCGAGGAGAGAGCCCAUCUACUGGACAACACAGAGAAGCUGGAGAGAUCUUCCAGGAGGCUGGAGGCUGGGUACCAGAUCGCCGUGGAGACUGGUAAGUCCACUGGAGCUGUGUGUGUGUGUGUGUGUGUGUGUGUGUGUGUGUGUGUGUGUGUGUGUGUGUGUGUGUGUGUGUGUGUGGCGCGUGUGUGGCGCGUGUGUGUGUGUGUGUGUGCGUGUGUGAUGUUCAACUGUGGGUGUGUGGUACACAGUGAUGCAUAUAUACGUUUGUGUGGGUGUAUUUCUGUGAAGGAUUUGGGUGAGGGGGGGGUUAGUUGAUGUGGGGUAAGAUAGUGGUGGAGAAGAGCGAGCGACAGCAGAUUGUCUUGCUCAUACACAGACCUGUGUGUGUGAGUGUAAUUGUGUAUUUGGUGGGGGGAGUGUGUGUGCGUGUGUGUGUGUGUGUGUGUGUGUGUGUGUGUGUAGGGGAGCUUGGUAUGAUGGGGUUUGGGAAAAGAAAUCCCACCUCGUGCCUUGACGACUGGUGACAUUUUCAGGGGAACAUCAAAGAUGAGGGAGAGAGAGGGAGAGGUGUAUGGACGACAUAGUGAGCUCACAUCCUUUCCUCCCCCCCUCCCCCCACCACCCCAAGAAAAUUCAUGCAUUUAUUUCUGGGGCUACUAGUGUGUCUGUGUUGCAUUUGUCUGUUCGCAUAUGUGUUUGCGGAUGUGUUUGUGUCUGUUUAGGGAUGUGCAUGUGUUUAUGUGUGUGUGUGUGUGUGUGUGUGUGCGUGCUCAGAGGUGAGUCUGUUUGCCUGUGUGUGUUUGUGUGUGUGUGUGUGUGUUUGUGAGCGUGUGAUUUUCUUGCAUGCUUGCAGACAGCAGGUCUAUGGAAAUAACCAGAGUCAGCGUUCCUCCGGAAGAAAAUAAACAUCAACUGUAAUAACAGCCUCUAAAUAAACCAUGUCUGAAAAAAAGCUAAAGACAAUCAGACACAAAUCAUGUUUUUUUCCCCUCGCUUGUUAUCAAGGUAAGGUUAUAUCUUAAAAUAGGAGAAAAAGGCUAAUUUCGAACUUGAAUAGAUUGAAGCAGUUAGCAUAUUUCCCGUGUCUCUCUCGUGUUGUCAGUCCUCUCGCAUUAUGGAGGCAGAGCGUAUUCCUCAGAGAGAAAUCAAAGCCCCUUCUUCAAGUAUCAACCGCCGUUCUCGGCUUUCCGAUGCAGUUUCCAAAAGUUUGUCAAUUUACACUAUAAUAGGGAGGUGGCUGGCUCACAGAUUUAAUAAUUCAAGUCAAGGCAGGGUUGCACGCAGGCCACCAGCUUUUCAUGUUCUUUCCGGGGCCCGCAUUCACAUAUUCAUAAAUACAAUAUGCAAUACCCGGGCCCCUAAAAAACCCAAAAGUGUUGUUUUCAGACGCGCCUUCCCAAUCCUGAUCCCGCCUCGCUUACGAUCCCGAUCGCGCCAUAUCCGCUCUCUCCUCCUCUGUGGCGUGCUGGUUCCUGCGCGAGCCGCAGCCUUCAGCCCCGAGCUCCGCCGUGUGUUUUUGCAGUCGAGCGGGCGGGUUUAUGAUGUGGUGACACCGGAGCCGGGGCGGGGUCGCAGGUCACGGACCGGCCACAGCGUCGGCGGAGAAAGGCUACCUCCAGGGCGCCGAGGCUUCCCUUCCAGCCCGAGCCCCGUCCGGGCGCCCUCUGAACCCUCCGC